CGCGUGAGAGGGUUCGUCGAGCUUUGAAGUGGGACAUACGUUAGACUGCAGAGGGGGCAGGGGGCAGGGGGCCGGGGGUGGCUAAACUAGCCGAGAGGCACGAAAAGCAGCUGGCUGGUGCGCGAGGGCGAGGGCGAGGACGAGAUGCAGAGGGAGAGGGAGAGGGAGAUGGCGAAGCUGUUGCCUCAACAGUCUUGGCGGUGACAUCAGAGCGAUGCAAUAAUUUGCAAACGUGUAGUCUCUCAAUGUGUGUCGAGUACACAUGUGAUCCAUCGAUACUGCACCUCGGAAAGUUGUUUGUCGCAAGGGGCGCUGUCAGAAAUCGUGCUCUGCUGUUGUGUCGUCUGUAGAUGUAACCGUGCAAGAAAGGCCGAGUGAGUGGUGGGACUGCUCACCAGCCUCCCCAUCAAUCAUCCUGUCGUCUUUUCUCCUCUCGUCUGCGUCGAAAUGUCGUUUUUCCGUGUGCGGUGCAAAAUCUGAAGAACAUCAUUCUCAUCAAAUGCAAGUCGUGUGUCAUAAACGGUCUUCGGAUCGGACUCGGACGGGCUCCCUCCAUCAGUCAGUCCGUUAGUCAGUCCGGUCCAGUAAUCGAUCAGUUAAUAAUUCGUGCAUCCUCUUCGUACUCGCAUAUUUUACUCUUUUCCGUCUGCGCCAUGCCUCUUCUCUCCCCGACUCCAUGCGCACACGUCGUGCGCAGGAAGUGGGCAAGAAAGUGACUCGAGAGAAAUCUCUGAUCCCUUCCUCUGCCGCUUCGCCGAAGCGAGAUAUUUAGUGUUGACUAUUGAGAGUUUCCAUCAUCGGCUUGCAAGGAUGAUGAGGCAGGCAUGAGCGGUGGAAUUCCCAACAGGAGUGGUUGCUGCGCCCAUGAUACGAUCCAAGCUUUCCUUCACCGCCGCGAAGAAGGUGUCGUCCCGGCACCUUCCCAUCGUCUGCAAAAUCACGAGGAAGUGGGUGGUUGCCAUCACAUAAGCAGGAGGCGGGCCAUCAGAACUCGCUCCCCUCCCCCUUGCCGAUGCAAGUGGAGAUUAGGGCGCGAGGGCCAGACACAUGCUGAUGGCUGCUUUUGCCGUCUACUUGUCCAGAAGUGAACGACCGACUCCGGUCGACGAGGGACUGGAUGGGAUUGCAUUGCAAGCGACGGCAAUACAACGCAAUGAAUUGAUUAGUCAGUUGGUACGUUCUUUGUGUCGCUGUCGGCUGCUGCUUGUGCACCAGAAUCCGCUCUCGCUAAUUCGCCUGGACAACCAACAAAAGAAAGGAGGAGGCAGGAGAUAGGAUGCGAUGGGAUGCGAUUGCUAUCGUAGCGCUACGUAAUGUUGUCACGCCAAUUAGCAGCUACUGCUUCUGGCAGCUUCUUCUCCUGCCUGCCAGAAAUCAGUUACCAACCGACUUGCAUCUGCUAGACUUGACUGGACUGGACUGGCCGGAGCGAUCAAAGAAAUCAAAGACAUGUGUUGUAUUUGAGAGAGAGGGAUAGAGAGAGAGAGAGACAUCCAGUAAUGCAGUUGAUCAUCUUUUCACCCAUUUUAUCAAACCCAGCACGACAUCAUCACGCAAAUAACAAUUCGUUCACUCUUUCGUCCGAUUUCGCGCGACAAUCCUUAAAUCCCUAUAUCACACGAUUGUGCUGCACACGAACGGGUACAAGGACAUUACGCCUCAGGACGGCACGGUUGGGGAGACGCGGAAGUUUGUUCCAUUGAAAGAUCGAGUGAGUGCGAGAUGAGCGGAGAAUCGCAACAUCCUCUACCCUUCUUGACUUGAUUGCUGGAGAGAAUGCGGGGAGGAAGGGAGAGAGAGAGAGAGAGAGAGAGUUUGUGUGCCCUUUCUUAAUUCUUUUAUAAAAAAAACGACUGCUCGGCUUCCUCCUCCAUUCAAUGGCUUGUCAUCAUGACUGUCAGCUGCCAAAUCUUGCGAGAUUGUGCGCCACCAACUCUUGUCCUCUGCCCUUUGCCAUCCCAAACAAGUCACUCGAGUUAUUCUGGUCCUUCUCUUGCCUCUCCCCUUCCUUUCUCUUCCCGUCUGCCAGUUUUACUCUACGCAUACGGCUACUACUGCGUCUACCACCUACUCCAGUGCUGCUCAUGUAUCCAUAAAAUGCGCCAUCUUUCUCUUCCGAAAGUUCCUCCUCCUCCUCCCCUUAAUCACAAACCAGUAAAUCGUUAGAAUAACUGAGACGCAGGCAGGCCAUCCAUACGCUUUUCAGCACAAUGGACACUUCCAAGUCCAUCAUCAGACCCGACCCGACCC